AACUUAAAUGCGUUGGGCACUAUCAACAAAAUCAAAUUAACCAUAUAAUACGAGCUUCAAACAUCGGUAACUAGGGUCUAGGGCUUGAAAACGAAACCGGUUGAAAUGGGCGAUCGGAGCAGAAAAACAAUCACCACCAUCGACGCAAUCGGCGACGAUCUUUUCCGUAACAUUCUUAACAGACUCCCCGCCGUCCACUUCGCAUCCGCAGCCUGCGUUAGCCGCUCGUGGCAUCGUGUCUGCGAUUCUAUUCUCUCCACUCCCAAACUCGCCUCAGCGCUCUCUCUCAAUCCUUCUAUUCAGGAUGCUGUUGAAGAGGUUUGCAGUAAGGUUUUUGCGGAACCGAUACGGCCUCACUUUGCGAUUGUUGCAAUUGGGCAAUCGUUUGAAAUGCAUGUUGCUCUACGACUAAUUACUAAGAAAUUAGGAUCUGGAAUUCCGAUCAUCUGUACGGCAGCUUUUGGGUUAAUGGGAAGGGAUGUAGCUACAAAUAGUUUCAAAGAGAUUCCACAGUGGGGAGAGGAAGAGGAAGAUGAUUUUUUCAAUAAUGGGUACAUGUAUGAUCCAAGCGUUUAUGCAGAUCCUGAAUUUUGGGACCGCCCCAAGACUCCAAGCAAUCCAGCUGUUUUGUUGACUGUUGGGUUCUUGCCUGGAAUGAAAGUUGCAGCAGUUACUAUGUCACAAUCAAAGAAGGAUGUUCCAUGUGUCGAUGAAUUCGUAACAAAUAUCAGGGAAUGUUCAGCCAUUGCUUCAGGUGUUACAUCUCCCAUUGCGAUUAUGUUAUUCGUAGGUCUCGGAACCUACAUGGAUCCUGUUCUAGAGAAGCUUGAUUGUGCCAUGUCCCCUGAAACUGCCAUUGUCGGUGAUGGGAGCAGUGUGUUCCUCUGUGGAGGUAACUGUGUACAGCAGAACUCCAAGUACUCUGUUGCGGGUGUUGGUCUAUUAUUUAUGCGAGAUCGAGAUAAGCCUCAUGGUAUCGGUAAUAUACAAUUUCAUGUUGCAUUGUCCACUGGUAUGUCACCUAUAGGCCCUAUGUACAAGGCAGUUUCAGUAAGAGAGAUUCGUGAUAAGGGUACCACCUGGCUCACUGCAAGAAGAGAAGGAUCCAUCGACAAGCUUGAUGGUCAAUCAAUUCUUCAUCAAAUUUAUGAUGAAAUGCCAGGUCGUAUAAAGUAUCCUUCUCUAUGCUUGGGGGUUCUGAAACGAAGAAAAUGCUUUUUAGGGUCGAGUGAAAUGAAAUGGAUAACAUCUCAAGUAUUUCACGAAGUUCAUGGGGGAGACGAGGCACAUCUGUUUGUUGAAGGCCGUGGUAUUAAAAGUGGAGAUCCUUUUCGCGUGUUCCAGUCAGAUUCCCAUAAGGCUUUGUCUUCUCUUGAAAAAGUGUGUGACAAAUUCAGAAGUUUGAAGCAACAUAGUAGUAGUGCUGUGGGAAGCUCUUCUUGUCUCACACCCACCCUUGGUAACAAUGAUAUAAUCUUUGGUGGUAUCAUCUUUGCGUGCAUUGGUCGAGACGAUAGAUUUUUCAAUAAAUAUGACGUUGAUAGCACCCCAUUCGUGGAGAAUUUUCCUGGGGUUCCGUUGGCUGGGUUGUAUUGCGGCAACUUUGAAUUAUGCCGUGGUGAUUCAAGCUCAUAUGAUCAAGAAUCUGGGUCUUACCUUAGUUUUGCACACUCAUAUAGUAGUGUUUAUUUUGUCAUGUCUUACACCCCAUCUGGAUCUGGAAUAUAGUUCUACUAUUUGUUAAUUUAGUCGCUUUCCAAGAAAAUUUCUCCAAACAUUAUGUGAACUAAUUGAGUUCUAAAUACAGUAAUGUGAAGUACAUAGUUUAUCCA